ACGCCCAUUAUGAGAUAAAAUUGUAAACAAGGUUUACUCUGCACCGCUACUGACCGUUUUAGACUUUUUGUGAUCUAUUUCAUACGCGUUGAAACUGAAGGAUGGAAGUACAAUGGCUAGAAAAGGAGAUCGAAUUGAACAUGAAACACGAAGAUAUAGUAUCCAGAAGAGAGUUUCUUUUACAAAAGUCAACAGAGAAUCUCAACAAUCAAGAAGUAUUCCAGUCUUCUGCUGCAAGUUAUAGGAGCAGAGCGACCAAGAGAAAUAAAAAACUACUUCAGGAUAUAGACAAAUGUAAAGAAAGCAUCAAGAAAAGCUUGGGGAAGCCACAACCUACUGAGCUUGUUACUUUAAAGGAGAAAUACUGGGCCAUGAUUGAAGAGGAAUUACCCGCGUGGAAGUCAGAUGUGAAAUCGGCGAGAAAGAGUAAUCCAUCCAGUGCUAGAUGAUUAAAUAUUCUUAUCUUUCCUUGGGGAGUUUGUGCAAUAGCCAAUACAUUGAAUCCAUCCAUCAGAUAAUUCUAUAUUACGAGAAUUCAGGCUUUAUUAUGUAACUAUGUGUAUGCCUGCUCGGAAUUAGUCUUUGUCAUAUAUAUCAUAUUCACCUUGAAAUUAUCUGAUAUGAAUGAUUGAUAUUGAUAAAGAACACUCUUAUUCUCAUUAUAGUGUGCCAUCAGUGUGCCAUAACCAUUUUGUUUGUACAGUUAGCCCUGUGAAAAAACCCACAAUUAAAUCAAUCGCCCAAAGUAUUACAAAACGAAAAUCUAUUUGCUGUUGCAACCCCUACUGUUAUGAGAAAAUCUACUCCAAACCGUGUAGGCCUACAAAUAUGCAAUCAUAAAAUAAUGAUUUUAUGUUAGAGUGUCUGAAAUCAAAUUUUUGUUAGGCCUUUUUUGUACAUUAAAUGAAAAAAAAAUGUGGAUAGAUUUUUAGCAGUGUAUGUUUGUUUUGUGCACAUGAAAGUUAGGAUAGCAUUAUUUGGGUGUAACAAAAUCAUAUCUUCUUUUGUCAUAUUAAUGUGAUGGAAAUAUGUAUUUGGUAGACAGAUUGUUAAUUGUUGAAAUGAAUUAAUAAUUGAAAUAUUGAAUUUGUCUAAGAAUUGUAUACCUUUUUUGUUAAGAAAUACAAUAGAAACAAGAUGCAUAUACACACAGUACUUCUUUUGAUAGUCAGGAUCAUUAAGACUGAAUAUGGUGUUAAUAUGCAUGUACAUAUAUUUGGAGGUUAUGGCUAUGCUCAUAUUGUUCAGUCAUCUUGAAUUUCAGCAUUGACCUCAUUCGUUAUGACGAUAGGUAUGAUGCCAGUUGACAACUUAAGAUUCCAAAGAACAUCCGGGAAAACCGAAGUUGAGAUGUAUAAAGCAUGUGUACGGGGAUGAUUUUCUUGUCAUGUCUGAACACUAUACACCCCAGUAUGAGGUAUAUGAGGACCUGGUAGGAAUGUAUUCCUUGAAAUGUAGAGCACCUAACAGGGACUCUCAAGCUCAUUAUGUGGCAUUUAUUGUAGAGCGCUUGGAUACUUCUUCCGGUACAUAUAUAUAAUUAUGAAGUAUAGUCAUUGUCUUAUGAUCCAUGAAUGUUAAUGUAAAAGCAAGUUCUUUCACAAGUGGCCACCAAUAAACAGCAAACUCAAAUAAGUUGCCCUGUUAAUGUGCUAAGAAUGAAACAGCUCACUUAACAUUUCAUUGUCUGGUGAAUAUCUUUCACUUUGGCAAGGUUUGAAUGUGCAAGAGUCCAAUGCGCAAAGUUAAGUGUACUAGACUUGAAAUAAGAAAUGUAGGUUACCAGAUAAUUGAUCAUUGGUAAAGGGUUAGUCUAUCUUUAUAUUAAGUUGGUUUUAAAGGAAUCAGAAUAAUUGAAGGAUCGGCAAAAACUUUACUCUUUUCACAGUUUGAUUAUGCGGUGUCGCAUGCUUCAUAUGCAGUGUGCCUUAAUAUGAAAUAAAUUGCAUUUUUUCUAUGGAUCAUGUCUUCAUGAUGAAUUCAUUAUUUGUUUUAUUUUUUUCAUAGAAGCACUGUGACCCAGUUCUCAUUUACUUUCUUGAACUUGUUUCCCCCAUAAACCAGUUUAGGGUAUCAGUUUAGAAGACUGCUUCAUGAGCAUUCUCAUCACCAUCUCCUGAACUGGUUUUCAGAACCACUUCAUGUAAAGUGGUCUUGUUGCGAUAGGAAUGUUCUCAGUGGAGUCACAUGUUUCGCGUGAAAUUUGAAACCAAAUUUCAUGUUAAAAGUAAAAUUAUUUACACUUUACAGGAAAAAAAUGGACAUGAUAUUUAUACAGUACAAUUGUAGUAAAAUAUAUAAAACUGAUGUUACGAAAAUAUAAAACAUUUCAAAAUCACAACUAAUUGGUUUGGAUCUUUUAUUUCGCUUUUAUUAGAAACGUGUUGGGAGCAGGUGCACUAAACUUAAAUCAAAUAGACUCACAGAUAUAAAUUGUGAUGAAAUGACAAUCUUUAUUUUUAGAAUACAUUCAAAUAUUCUUACUACCAUUGAGGGUCAUAGUCAUUCACAAAUUACAUGGAUAAAAAUUGGGGUGAUGUUAAGUUGGUUUCAAUAAAAGAAAACAAACAUGAUUGAGGUUUGGCAAAAAUUUACGUCGCAUGCAAGGUUCCCCUCCAUACAGUGAAUCACAAACUUAAAUUGCAGUUUUUAAC